AUGAAAUUCUUUUCUGCUAUCACCUUCUUCGUCUGUGUAUUCGUCGUCUUGACCAUCGCCACCAUGGGCUCUGCUAAGCUUCGAGAAGUCGAAGUGCUUGGAGAUUGUUUCAUAGACAGUUCGAGUUCUUCGAAGGAAGACUCUGGUGAGAACGACACUUUGCUCGUAGUUGUUUCGAAGGGAUCCAUCAGGCAGACUGUCGGCACGUUCCUGGGAGAAGUCAACGAGAGCAAUUCUACUGGCUCCGGAGCUUUUGGUUGCUUUUUUGGAGUUGUCGAGCGUGGAGGAGAGCAAUCCGUGAGAGCAGGAGAUACGACAGCUGAUUCCGCAGCUUUUUUGAGUUUGACAGUAUGCCAGUCAGUUGGAGUAGAAGCUGAGUUAGCUGUUGCUGGAAGUGCAGCGCUCUCCUCAGAUCUCUCCUCAGAUGUACGCUCAGAUUCCAAUGUUGCUGGCUGUGAGCUUUCGGUAGUCGGUGGAGAGUCCGAUGUUGAGCGAGCAGGGUCAGAAGAGGCAGUUGUCGAUUCAGCCUUCUCGAAGACUGCACCUGGAGCUGCCUCUUUUUCUGCUGGCAACAAUUCCUUAACAUCAGUGGCAGCUGGAGCAGUUGGAGCAAUAGGAGCAGUAUCGGCAACCGGGACGGCAGCGUUUUCGACAACAGAUUCAGCAACAGGUUCUACUACAACAGGCGGAACAGGAUCCUCCUUGACUGUUGGAGUCGAUGGAACAUUUGCGGUAGCCGCUGGAGAAGAAGCAGUAUGGCUGACAACAUCACUGAACUUUCUUGGUGUUGAGAGCACGGCGCUUGCAGUUUCAGUCGUUGAAACUGCUUCAGUAGCUGGCACCUCCACUUCCAAAGAAGCCGUUGUAUCGGUACCAUUCAACUUCGGGAAAACUUCUUCCAAUGUCACAUUUGGUGGUGGGAUUGGUGGCUUUGCUUCCUCCGAGCUCGAUGCUGAUUGCGCCUUAUGA